UGUAGAAGGCAACACGGGAAAAAAUAAAAACAGCCUGGGGUUGCAAUAACCUGUGAAAAUGUUCACCCGGCUAGUUUGUAUCAGCGAUUAUGAACAACACGCUAAAUCAAUACUUCAGAAGUCUAUAUAUGACUAUUAUAGGUCUGGGGCAAAUGAUCAGGAAACCUUGGCUGAUAAUAUGGCAGCAUUUUCCAGGUGGAAGCUGUACCCACGGAUGCUCCGGAACGUGGCUGAGAUAGACCUGUCCACGUCUGUCCUGGGGCAGAGGGUCAGCAUGCCCAUAUGCGCCGGGGCUACGGCCAUGCAGUGCAUGGCUCACGCGGAUGGGGAGCUCGCAACGGUGCGAGCCUGCAGGUCCCUGGGGACUGGCAUGAUGCUGAGCUCCUGGGCCACCUCCUCAAUCGAAGAGGUGGCGGAGGCCGGCCAAGAGGCGCUCCGCUGGCUGCAGCUGUACAUUUACAAGGACCGUGAAGUCACCAAGCAGCUCGUGCAGCGGGCGGAGCGGAUGGGCUACAAGGCCAUAUUUGUGACAGUGGACACGCCUUACCUGGGCAACCGCUUUGACGACGUGCGUAACAGGUUCAAGCUCCCACCCCAGCUCAGAAUGAAAAAUUUUGAAACCAACGAUUUAGCGUUUUCCCCUAAGGAGGAUUUUGGCGACAACAGUGGACUUGCCUCGUACGUGGCUAAAGCGAUAGACCCGUCCAUCAGCUGGGAGGACAUGAAAUGGCUCAGGGGGCUCACGUCGCUGCCCAUCGUCGCAAAAGGCAUCUUGAGAGGAGAUGAUGCCAGGGAGGCAGUGAAACACGGUUUGGAUGGGAUUUUGGUGUCGAAUCACGGGGCUCGACAACUCGAUGGGGUGCCAGCCACAAUUGACGCUCUUCCAGAAAUCGUGGAGGCCGUGGAAGGGAAGGUGGAAGUCUUCCUGGAUGGGGGUGUUCGGAAAGGCACGGAUGUUCUGAAAGCCUUGGCCCUGGGCGCCAGGGCUGUGUUUGUGGGGAGACCCAUCAUUUGGGGCUUGGCUUCCCAGGGAGAGAAAGGUGUUCAAGAUGUCCUUGAGAUACUAAAGGAAGAAUUCCGGUUGGCCAUGGCCCUGAGUGGGUGCCAGAAUGUGAAAGUCAUCGACAAGACAUUGGUGAGGAAAAAUCCUUUGGCCCUUUCCAAGAUCUGACAGUGCACAAUAUUUUCCCAUCUGUAUUAUUUUUUUUCAGCGCUUAUUACUUGACAAAGAGACACUGUGCAGAGGGUGACCACAGCCUGUAAUCCCCCCCUUCCAUACAAAGGGUGUCGUUAUCCAACAAAAUAGCGAUUCCUUUUAGUUCAUUGCUUCUGACUUUUCAAUGGGUGCCUAGGAACCUUUUAGAAAGAAAUGGACUUGCAUCCUGGAAAUAUAUUAACUGUUAAAAAGAAAACAUUGAAAAUGUGUUUAGACAACGUCAUCCCUUGGCAGGCUCAAGUGCUGAAAAACAAAAGGUAUCCUUUGGUAAAAUCGAAGGUGGCUAAUGCUGAGGUGCGAAGAUAAGGAUCCCACUGUUUGUUAACCUGCCUUGCGUUUAGAUAUCCUCAAAGCUGUGUUCAUAAAUCGUAAGCUCAGGCUCAAAAGGUUCCACGUGCCUGGCAAAAUGGGAGACUUGGGUUCACAGCACCCAGAAAGUAGUGCUUGAUAGAAUUGGGAUGAGUCGGGGGUAAUUUGUGAUUUUUAAUACCCUGAGCUUUGUUACUUCUCUGAAUGUAGAUUCCCAUUCACAUCUUUAGUGUCUGGAUAUGUUUGAAUACUUUGUGAUAUAUAUUGCUUUUUAAUCAGAAAGAAAUAAAGCAUUAUUUUG